GGGGUCCGCUGAAGCCGCGGGUCGGUUUGAAGCGGGGAAGGAGCUCCAUGGAAACGGGGCCGCGAAGUGUCAGCGAGCGCGAUAACGGCUGGGUGCGGGGCAGCUAUGGCCAGGCCGACCGUCGUCCCCAUGAGCGUCAGUGCCACCGCGCCCGAAGCCUUCGCCGUGCUCCGCCAGAGGAUGAGUGUGGUUGAAGAACAGACCAGCGCGCUGGCGAGAGACCUGGAGCUGCUCGGGGUGAACGGACAGAGCCUUGAUCUCUUCCAUUCAAAGCCCUUAGAGACACCUGGGAGCCACCAGCCUGUUAGCCCUGUUCGGGCCAGGGUAGCGUUUGUAGGUGAAAGUGACAUGCUAUGGAAGAACUGUGAAUCUCUAGUGAAUCGAAUGUGUCGGCUGGAGAGUGUUGUGCAGACCUUGAAGCUAAACCUCUUCCGGUUGCAGACUGAAAAGGAGCUGAAUCCCAGGCAUGCAGCCCAUCUGGAACAGCGUAUGGACGCAAUGCAGGAGGAACACUUGCAGGAACUGAAGGUUGUACAGCUUGAGGCAAUGAAGCUGCGCCAACAGCUAAGUGAGGCAAAAGAAGAUGUAGAAAAGGCACAGGAAGAAGUUCAAAGAUUAAGUGCUGCUUUGGAAAUUGCCACAGCAACCAAGACAGAUGUAGCCAUUGCAGCAGAGGAGCUGAGGACAACAAAACACAUAAUGAACCAUAGACUUCAGGAGCUAAGGGAGCAGCUUUCCCAAGAGGCAAGCCUGCGGGAGGCUUUGGAGGAAUCCCAAGCAACCAUGCUGAGACGUGUGCAGGAUAUGGAGAUAACAGUAGAGGCGGAACGGGAACAGGUACAGGUGCUGCAGCAGGACUGCCAUGGCCUGCACAGGGAUGUCCAGCUUGCCCGAGAGAGGUUACAGAAGGAGGAGGAGAGAACUGCACAGCUGGGGCAGGAGUGUACACAGCUGAAAGCUGACCUGGAUUCCAGAAACUGCAUCAUUUCCCAGCUCAGUGAAGAAGCAAAAAAUGCGGAGCUGUCUUUCAGCAAAGAACAUGAGGAAAAUGUGCAACUGCGAUCUGAAAUAACAGCUCUGCGAGAGACAGCAGAGAAAGUACAGAUCAUUAAUGACCAGUUGAACCAACAAUGCUCAGAACUGAGUGCUACACUUCGAAGCAUUUCCAUGGAGAAUGCUAAACUCAUUUCAGAUCAUCAGGCCAUGCUUAAGGCAGAACAGGAGAGGAUGACUCAGAAACUGCUGGAACAAGACUUGCUGCUGGAUGCUGCUCGUGCCAACAUUAUAGGAGAGCUGCAAAGCAUGCAGAACGAAAAAGCCCAACUUCAAAAAGAGCUGGAGGCCUUGCACACAGAGCAUGCUGGCUGCAGACAAAAAGCAUGCCUAGCUGAGGAGAUGACAACCACACAGAAGGUGCUCCUGGAGUCUACUAUCGCUAGACUUCGAGGUGAACUGGAGACAGCACUGAAAGAGAGAGGAUCUCUACUGAUGGAGAAGGAGAGUCUUCAGCAAGAAAUGAAGAAAACAGCAAGUGAUGUAACACAGGAGAGGAACAAACUGGAAAUGGAACUAACUGGGAACAAGCUAGAAAUGGGUGCUAUGAGAUCCACACUGCAGAAUCUGGAGAAGGAGAACAAGAGGCUAAUGGAUCGCUUGGUGGCACUGGAACACCAGCAGCAUGCUCAACAGCAGGUCGAACAGGUUCUAGCAGAGCUGACUGACAGUAAGAAUAAACUGGCCUACGACAAAGGAAAGCUUCAGAGCAAAGUACAGCAGCUGGAGGAAGAACUGCAAUCUCUUGCAGAUGCACAUGCAGAGAAUAGCCACCUUCGCAAGCUGAAUACAGCCUUGGAGACCAAAUAUACUCAGGUGAAUGUAGAACUUGGCUCUGUCAAGAUUAACAUGCAAAGGAUGGAAGCUCAGCUGAAGCAGGCACAGACCACUCUUGAACAGAAAGAAGAAGAAUUUUCUAUUGCAAUCAAGUCCCGUGAUGAGGCAUUGCAAGAAAGUCAGAAAAUUAAGAGGCACAUGGAAGCCAUGGAAGAGAGGGAGAAGCAAAAGAUGGCAACCUUAAAGCGCCAGCUAGAGGAGGCAAAGCAGGAUAACGACAAAGUGACAGCUGUGCUGGAGAAUGUGCUGGCUUCUCACAGCAGGAUGCAGGCAGCUCUGGAGAAGGUGCAAACUGAGCUGGGGCGCAAGGAUUCCGAGAUCACAGGGCUCAGAAAAGACAGGACCCAGAACCAACAAAAAAUCCAGAGGUUAGAGGUAGAAUUGGAACAGUACCGGGCCAAACUGGUUGUCGUAGAAACUCAGCACAAUAGUCAGGUGGACCCACUUUGUAAAGCACUAGAAGUCGCUAGAGCAGACAACAAGAAACUUGCUUUGAGUUUGGAACAAGCUCUGCAGGCCAAUAGUACCCUGCAGAGCAAGCUGAUACAUACUCAGGAAGAAUUGGACAGGAAAGGAAUUGAGCAUCAGCAACUAAUGGCCUGCAGGGAGCAGCUAAUUGAAGAAGCCACAAUGGAAGAAAGGCUGUAUACCGAACGCUUGGAGUCCUUGAAGAAGCAGUUUCAGAUCGAGCGAGAGGCUAUGAGGAAAGCAGGUCACAGGGAAUCUGCUGAGCUGAAGAAAGCCCUUGAAGAGGCUUCUUCCAAAUCUGCUGAAGUGUCCCGGGCUAACAGGGAGCUGCGGCAGAAAAUAAUGGAGUUGGAAAAGUCCCUGGUCAGUUACAAGGAGAAGCUAAAGAGCCAAAAAGCUCAAAUCAGACACUACUUGGCUUCCAAGGCUAACAACAUCCAGAACACAGAAAGGAUAAAGGAGAUUGAAUCUGAGCUGAGGCAAAUGGAGCUGAUCAAGGAGCAGUAUCAGAAGAAAAACUAUGAGCAGUCACAGAGCAUCCAGAAAUUCAUGACAGAGUUAACAGGUCUUCAGAGUGAGAUGCACACCUUGGCCAAAAACCAGCAUGAAGUGGCAACACGGAACAGGCAGCUGGAGACCCAGCUGGAAAUGGAGCAGAAAGUGCGGCAGCACCUAGAGAACCAGUGUCAGAAGCUAGACGAUACAGUCAAACACUUAAAGAAAUGCAAAGAGGAAACUGAGCAGAAACUGAAAGAAGCCAGUGUAGAAUCGGAACAGAUCACAGCUAACCUGGAGGAAGCUCAUCACUGGUUCAAAUCUAAGUUUGACAGCCUGCAGCUCGAGCUAGUGAAAAACAAACAGCAGAAUAUCCCCAGCGAAAGGAACUACGGCAAGGAGAUGGAGAAGGAAAAAGCUGUGAAACUCCCUAGCCAAGCCUCCCUGAAUCGCUGGGAGACCAAACAGCAGCUCAAACUCAUCUCCAGGAAGUACCAAUCAGAGCUAGACAGGAAGUGAUGUCAUCUAACCCAGGCAAUUCCAGGCUGCCAUACCACCCUGCAGCUGUGAACACCACAGUUCAGACCAGUUCUUCACAUGCUGGAAGAUGAGCCCUAAGGCUGAAGUAUCUUGAUCUAUAAGCAUCUCCAUAUUUCAGAAGAUUUUUAAGUGGGUAUAAGCAGAGGUCCUGUAUGAACUGGGUCUGCUCUGUAUCAGUGAGGAUGACCCUUCAAAUAAAAUGCACAUUGACUGGCUGGCUGAUAGACCAGUGCAGACAGGUUUUGGAAUAUUAAUUUAAAUUGUGUACUCCAGUUCAGCUUAGCUAAUGAGUCUCACCUGUCUGACACAUACUAGAAUGUAUCAUUUUGUGAAGCAGAUGUCCAUUUCCCCCAUCCUAACAUGGUCUUUGAGUGUGACUAGUUUGCUUAAAUGCUUCAUCAUGGAACCAUAAUUUAUAACAAAGAAAUUAUUCCUCUCCCUACAGCUUCCUAUACAAGUAAGUUUAUGUUCUGGAUCUUUGUCUCCAGUCACAUCUCUGAUUUGUGUUUUAGCAGCGCAAGAGGAGUGUAGUGGGUUGGAAUGAGCCCUGCAAAGUGAGGAGGCAUCAUUAUUAUUGAGAGCUCAGAUUGCUGUGCAGGGAUUCUGCCUAUCUAGAGGAUGGUCUACUGGAUUCCUAGGCUGGUGAUGGUAAACUUGCUGAAACAGGACAGUUGUCCACUGUUGGAUACUGACGGUUGCCUGACCAGUACAGGGAGGUUCCCUUCUUUGGGAGGACAGUGUCCUUGGGCAAUUGCAGGUGUCCAAGGCUCCAUUGCUGGAAGGUGCUCCAUGUGGGUGUGAGAGGGGGCCAGGUAGAACAGCUUGCACCAUUGGUAACCAUGUGAUUAGUAGAGUUGGCUAAUUCUGCCCCACCAUGAAACAAGCUACCCAAAGGGCAGGAGGUGUUCAGAGCAGGUGCUAUACACCCGUAGUUGCAGUGGGUUAAGACUACCAUUCCCUUACGAUAUAGAAACGAACAAUUUUCAUCCACUGUUCAAUUAAUGAGCACUUAUGAGUAGCUCAGAUUCCCUCCUUAAAACUCCAUCUGCCUCAGCUUACAGUGUAACCCAGUUACAGCAGAUGUGCUGUUACACACCUAAUUAAUAAUUGCAGCGCUGUUUCCUAAGCGUCCUCCAGUUGUCUGAUCUAUUUGUUUCUGUGGAGCUAGUGUGACGCUCUGGGGCAGAAGCCAUCCCUUCCACUGUUGUGUCUACAGGACCAAGCAUAUUGCUGGGACUUGGCAAAUAACAAUCAUUCCACCCAUUUUAUAUCCCUACUGCUGUAGCAUAAUUAGGUUUAUAUGACAACAGCCUGAACUAUUGUUUUAGGCCUAGUCCUGCCCCUAUUGCUGUCAAUGGGUAUUUUGCCAUUGACAUCAGUGAAAACAGGCUCAGACCCUUAGUGAUUACGCACUUGAUUGGAAGCCCAUUGAAGCUAAUCUUUCAUUAACUUCAGUAGCCUUUGGCUCAGGCCCUAAAUCCUAAAGAGUUAUGUUCCUGAAAUUCUUAAGCAGCAGAAGCCUUCAAGACAACCUUAUGUUCCUCCCCCCACCGGCGAGCUGAGUUUCUGCAUACCACAUCACUUCUGAGUGGCGGGAUUAAAAUUAGCCUAUGUGUAGGAUUCUGUUCUAGAGCCCUGUUCUCCUCUCAGGUCAGUAUCAGUAGUGUAGUCUAACUCUGCCAACUUUAGCUAGGCAGAGCCUGAAACCAACCUAGCGUGGCACUGGCUGCCUUAUCUCACACUGCAUCUGUUUGUCAUUAACAGUUAGCCACAUAGCUAGAUCAAAACACGCUGCCCUUCGUCUAGAAAGAGAUGCUGUGCAGUAUGAUAAAGUGGCAGGGGAAGACAUCUUCAAAUGCUACCAUCCAGUUUCCUUUCUUUGGAGUUGUUGCUACCAAAGAGCUGCUGUUUUAGUGAUUUGAGGGCAUGGAUUCCUUCUUUCAGCAGGCCCUCUUUUCACAGAUACAGGGCACUAGCGUGCUGUGUGUACAGAUAUCUAAUCUGCUGACUUUGUAUUUAAAUAGUCAUUAAAUCUGCUUUAAAUUA